GCCUCUCGGUACUUGAUUGCGCGGUGAUUGAAUCCAGCUCGAUUGCGUGCCGCUUUAAAGGAGCCUUCUGAAGAAAAACACCACACUCUCCUCUCCAGUCUCUCUCUCUCCGACGCACCGGCUCCUUCACUAUAUCACCUCUCUCUCUCUCUCUGCCAGGCUAGAACAUUGUGUCCUUUUGUGGGUGUUGAGGGGAAAAAUGACUGCAAAGCAUCGAAGAGGGAAAGGCAAUCACAAAAACGAAGAUAACUUUUUCAAAAAUGAAGUGGCGGAGUCUGAAGUUCGCGGUGGAUCCAACAAUUACGCACUGCAUCUGGUUUUAUUCUUACUGGUUGUGGUCUGCGGUGCCACCGGAGCGUGGUUCUGUUUCCAGCAGCACCAAACUUUAACCUACUUAACAGACAACCUCAUGGGCAUGCAGAUGAAGAUAGUGAAGCUCCAGUCCUCCCAUGAACAAAUGCGACAGUCAAGUAGUGAGCACGUCUCAGAGAGCCUGGAGACCCGCCUGAAUGCCCUGGAGGACUCUUACGCGCUGGCCCAGAAACAGGUGGGCAUGGCCUUGGCCACGGCCGAGCAGCUCAAGACGUCCGACCUCCCCGCUCAGGUGCUGUCGCUCCACACGGAGAUGAAAGCCCGCCUGGCGGAGAUGCAGCAGGCCACCGUGUCUCUGGAUCAGCUGAGCCAGCUGCAGGGCAUGCUGAAGGGGAAGAGCGAGGAGUUCGAGGGCGUCAGGAUUCAGGUGGAGGGCCUGGCCUUGCUGAGCGCCGAGCUGUCCCAGAGGGUCGAGGGCUUGACCGGGAGCGUGGGAGAGGCGGAGUCCAAGCUGGAGGAGAGAGGCGGACAGGUCGCCACGCUGAGCGCCACCCUGGACGGACAGGCCGCCGAGGUGCUCCGACUGAAGGAGCAGCUGGAGACCUACCAGGCCCAGCUGGAGGCCAGCACGCUGGAGAUGGCUACUGUCAGAGGGUUGCUUGAGAGUGAACAGUCCCAGCAGCUCGAGCAGGCCAGUGUGGAGGAGCAGCUCAGUAUGCCAGUGGGACAGACGGAGGAGGAAGAGACGGCGCCUCCCGCAGCUGAAGGAGAGGCAGCAACUGAAGAAGAGGCACUUCCUGUAGAUGUAGAACAAGAGGCUUCCGACACAGAAGAAACAGCACCUCCUGCAGCUGAAGAGGAGGCAGCAGCAGAAGAAGCAACUGAAGAAGAGGUGCUUCCUGCUGAUGUAGAACAAGAGGCAGUCCCAGAAGCAGAGGCAGAUGAAGGAGGAGAGGCAGCUGCACAGGAUGAAGCUCCUGUCGAGCAGGAGGACUCUGUGACAGAUGAAACUGCUCCUGCAGAGGAGGCUGAGGCAGUAACGGAGGAUCAGACGGAGGAAGACGAGUUAGUAGCCGUAUCAGAAAAGACUGCAGAGGAGGGGGUACAAAGUGAAGAGGAGAACCAGGAAGCCGACGAAGAGGAGACACACAAAGCAGAGGAGGAGAACGAAGUGUCUGAAGGAGAGGAGGGACUAGGAGAGGAGGAGGAGGAGGUCUCAGAAAGACAGGAAGAACCGCAGGAUGUAGCAGCUGAAGAGGAGGCAGAGGAGAUGGAUGAAGGAGAGGAGCCAUUAGAAAACGAUGCUUUACCAGAGGAUGAAUUAUAAAGUGCACGUUACCAGAACGGGACUUUUUUUUUCCACACCGGACAUAUCCACGGAGGAGGAUGGGAACUUUCUCGGUCUAAAAAUCACAGUCAACAAUAUGAUGUAGGAAGGCAUUACUGAUUGCUGUUGUUUAGGUGCAGUAUUCAUUAUGUGGUUGCUCUUUGAAACCUCAGUCAGAAGAAAUCAGUCGCUGUACCCUGGAGCUGAAACCUGUACCUCAACAUAUGACAUGGCUGUUAGUUAGGAAAUGAGUAAUUCAGGGUUUACCUGCCAGUAACAACCUCUAAAGCCUUAAUCCAUAAAAGAAUGACUUUCUGUCUUUCUGCAGAGCGUUUUCCACUCUUCACAACACACUUUUUAUUUUAUUUUUGUCAACGUUACGUUCUGUACUAAACUGGAAAACAAGAAGCCAAUGACAUAUAACUGUUUAUCAAUGCACUUGAAGCCAUAAGUAAUGCCUGUCGUGGUGACAUUAAAAUGUGUUUCUUUUUGUCACUGCCUGAAAUGUAUUGAGACAAUAUCUUAGGAGGAAAACACAGCUGCAGUAACUUAAUGUGUCCCAGUUGUUUACACAGGCAACUAAAGAGCUAUAGCAUAAAAAGAGAAAAAGCGUCUUUCAUAAGACAAACAAGAAUUCCUGAAUGUUUUUAAAGUAUAGGACAAACUGUAG